AUGAAAAGAUCAAUAGUAUUUAUUUAUUCAUUGGUAAUUUUAUUAUUAUCAGUUGGGUUUAUUGAUGCAUUCAAAAUAUCAAUAGAAAAUCAUAUAAAAUUAUCAGAUGAUUCAUCUUAUCAAAUUGGUACAGGUAUUUAUGAUAUUACCGGACCAGGUGCAGAGACUAAUAUGAUGGGCUAUGCAAUGCCAGGCCAAAUUACUGGAGGAAUUCAUUUUAGACAACGUGCUAGAGCAUUUGUAUUUAUAGAUUCAGAAGGUAAUAGAGCAGUAUAUGUUAGUACUGAUUCAUGUAUGAUUUUCCAAGAAGUUAAAAUUCAAGUUAUUCAAGAUUUACAAGAAAUUUUUGGACCAACUUUAUAUACACAUGAUAAUGUAUUAUUAAGCGGUACACAUACUCAUUCAGGUCCUGCUGGUUUUUCAGAGUAUGCAUUAUAUGGUAUUACAGCAUUAGGUUUCUAUAAAAAGAAUUUCGAUACAAUUUGUGAUGGUAUUGUUCAAGCAAUUGUUAAAGCUCAUAAAUCGGUUCAACCUGCAAGAAUGUUAACUCAACAAGGUGAAUUAUGGAAUUCAAAUAUUAAUCGUUCACCAUAUGCAUAUGAUAAUAAUCCAGAAGAAGAAAAAGCAAUGUAUGAUGCAAAUGUUGAUAAGAAUAUGACAGUUAUUAGAAUUGAAGAUAUGAGUGGUAAUCCAUUUGCAGCAAUUAGCUUUUUUGGUGUUCAUUGUACUUCAAUGAAUAAUACAAAUCAUUUAAUCUCUGGUGAUAAUAAAGGUUAUGCAAGUUAUCUUUGGGAAAAACAUGCCAAUGGACAAAGCUCAUUACCAGGUACUGGUCCAUUCAUUGCAGCAUUUGGUCAAAGUAAUGAAGGUGAUGUUUCACCAAAUACCCGUGGACCAACAUGUAGAGAUGGUAAACCAUGUGAUUAUAAAACAAGUACAUGUAAUGGCAAAGUCGAGGAGUGUUGGGCACUAGGACCAGGUACUGAUGGUGACAUGUUUGAAUCAACUCAAAUCAUUGGUGGUAAUCAAUUCAACAAGGCAUUGGAAUUAUUUAACAAUGCAACCAUUCAAGUUAGUGGUAAGAUUCAAUAUAGACACACAUGGAAACCAUUUACCAAUGUUUCAGUUGAAGCACCAUAUAAUAGUGGGGUUGAGGGCGCAACAACAUGUAGAGGUGCAAUGGGUUAUAGUUUUGCUGGUGGUACAACUGAUGGUCCAGGUGCAUUCAAUUUCAUUCAAGGUGAUAAUAGUACAACUAAUCCAUUUUGGAAUUUCAUCGGUGGUAUCAUUGCAAAACCAACACCACAACAAACAGCUUGUCAAGCUCCAAAACCAAUUUUAAUUGAUGUUGGUAUGGUUGAACCAAUCCCAUGGGUACCAGAUGUAAUGCCACUUCAAAUCAUUACUUUAGGUCAAAUUGUUUUAGUCGCUGUUCCAGGUGAAUUCACAACAAUGUCUGGUAGAAGAUUAAGAAAUACCGUUAGAGAAAUCAUUGGUCAAUCAAUUGAAAAUCCAAUUGUUUUAAUUGCUGGUUUAGCAAAUACUUAUUCAGGUUAUAUUGCAACAUUUGAAGAGUUUCAAGUUCAAAGAUAUGAAGGUGCAUCAACCGUUUUUGGACCUCAUACUUUAGGAGCAUAUCAACAAGAAUUUGCAAAUCUUGCACAAUCAAUUGUAGAUGGUAGUCAAGCUGAUCCAGGAACAUUCCCAAGAAAUAUGUCUGGUCAUACACCAUUCUUUUUACCACCAGUCAUUGUUGAUGUAGCUCCAAAAUUCGACGAUUUCGGUGAUAUCUAUACUGAUGUCUCUACAACUACACCAUAUUCAAUCAAUCAAACUGUUACCGUCAUUUUCUAUGGUGCCAAUCUUAGAAAUAAUUUCAUGACUGAAUCUUCUUUCCUCACUGUUGAUCAAUUACAAUCUAAUGGUCAAUGGACUACAAUUUUAAAUGAUGGUGAUUGGGAUACAAAAUUAUAUUGGAAAAUGCAUGAUUUAGGUUUUUCACUCAUCACUGUUGAUUGGACAAUCUCUCCAAUCACUCAACCAGGUACUUAUAGAAUAACUCAUAGUGGUUAUGCUAAGAAAAAUCCAUUCUCUGAUAAUUUAACUUUUUAUCAAGGUAUUUCAAGUAAUUUUAAUGUUCAAUAA